AUGUAUCUCCCUUCCAUAUCCUCUCUCCUCCUCGUCCUCGCCCUCCUCACACCCACCUUCGCAUCGCAGGCAGAGCAAGUCGCCAUGCACACCGAAAGCCAACCCACCACAAGCAGCAAACCCACCCUCGCGGACCUGCUCACCCUCGAGCCCUCUGCGUCCAUCUUUUACAGCUAUGCAAGGGAGCUGGAGAUGAGCUCCAUGCUCUCGGAUGGGAGGCUCAAGUUGACCUUGCUGGUCCCGACGAAUAAGGCUGUUAUGGCGCUGGCGAGGAAACCGCACCAAGGACUGGAUGACGUUGAUGAUGGGGUGGAGAUUUCGGAAGAGGAGUUUGAUAGUCGGUCGAAGAGUAAUGUUGAGCAUUGGGUUUCUGCACAUGUCAUCCCGGAAGCACCUAUAUCUUUGGACUCGCAGUAUGAGACUCUGCUGCGCGGAAAGUCUGUCACCUUUACACCCAUAUCGAAGAAUGACGGCAAAGGGCCAGAGUGGAGCCGUGUAACCCUGGAAGAUGGUAUCCGUAUUUUGGAUAAACGAGAGGGUUUGAAUGGCGACUUGUACUUGAUUGAUGGCACCAAUUUGCCCGAAGUCGAUUGCGAUUGA